AUGGUUAAAAUCUCAGCACUCCAACAUGACCCGUCCCUGCACGUUCCACUCCGCCCUGGCGAUCCAACCCCAGUUCAACGGAACUUGAAAUCGAGUAUGCAUCCUUUCGCAAAGGCUCGAGAACGGAAUCGCGCAUUGAACGCCGCAAAGAUGGACAAAAUGUUCGCCAAACCGUUUGUGGAUGCCUUGGAGGGACAUAUAGACGCCGUCGAAGUCCUCGCAAAACCUGUAGAAUCUUUGACGACUGUUGCGAGUGGCAGUUGGGAUGGAGGAAUCCUUCUCCACAACUUGCAUAGUCGGUCUCAGCUGUUGAACCUUUCCCAAGCGCACAAAGGCAAAGUGUCUGGCCUCACCUUUGCCGAUCCAAAGGGGACGAGACUGCUCAGUUGCGGAGUGGACAAGACUGUGAAAAUGUGGCGGACGAGUACUGGGGAUGGGGACCAUCUCGUAACAGGCGGCGGGAACGAGCCAUUGGCUGUGUUUCCCUGGAAAACUGCGUUCAAUUCGAUCGACCACCACCGUUCAGAUCCCCUCUUCGCGACCGCCUCGAGCACCGUACAAGUGUGGGAUGAGACAAAAUCGGCACCAAUAUCAAACCUUACUUUCCCCACUUCCAACGAGACCAUUUCCUCCGUCCGAUUUAACUUGGCAGAAUCAUCUGUCCUCGCCAGCGUAGGUUCCGACCGCACAUUCACACUAUACGACAUCAGAACGGGCAAGGCAGAGAGACGGGUAAUCAUGCAGUUCCGCUCAAACGCACUGGCGUGGUCACCAACGCUACCGACUAUGGUCCUCCUUGCCUCCGAAGAUCAUAAUUUGUACACUUUCGAUGUUAGGCACUUGGACGCACCGGUACAGAUCUACAAAGGUCACGUUGCAGCUGUUAUGAGCUGCGACUGGGCGCCUACGGGCGUGGAGUUCGUUAGUGGUGGAUGGGACAGGACUGUACGUAUCUGGUCAAGCCGAGAAGCAGGUGCAACCUCGAAGGGCCCUGGAGGAAGGGAAGUGGUGUAUCACACCAAGCGAAUGCAACGUGUGACAUCCACUAUGUACUCAGCCGACGCUCGCUUCAUUCUCUCCGGCUCUGACGACGGCAAUGUGCGGAUAUGGAAAGCCAAAGCCUCUGACAAACUCGGUAUCAUCACCGCGCGCGAACGCGCCGCCAUGGAGUAUCGCGAAAGUCUCGUCAAGCGGUGGUCUGUGGACAAGGACGUUGGCAGAGUUAUGCGAACGCGCCAUCUACCCAAGGCGGUUUACAAAGCUGGCCAACUCAAGAAUACCAUGCUGGAGGCGAGGAGGGUCAAGGAGGAGAGGAGACGUCAGCAUACGAGGGCCGGGGAGUCGAAGCCUACGGCGGAGAAGAAAAAGGUGGUCAUCACCGAACAAUCAUAA